CUCGGUUCUCGGCUAAGAUAGGCGGGACUCGCAAGGGAGCGGAGACGCAGACAUCGGACUGUUUCAUCGGUUCUUCUGUAUAAAUACUCGACUCUGUCAGCUCGAAAGAAAGUGUCGACGACUGCCCAGAUUGGUUUUCGUUUCCGUUUAGAAUGAUGUUCGUCGCUGUCGUCUUAUUGGCCUCGCUAGCCACCAUUACUCAAGCGCAGAUGAUUCGGCAAUGUUCUUGUGCUGAAGUUGAACCAUGUAAAAAUCAAGCCACUGGAAGCAUUAUGCAAUGUGCUGAUCAGUGCCAGAACCACAUCUCAGCUCUAGGAGCUUCAUAUCCAGCACUGAGAAGAUGUCUACAAGAUAAGGAAGGUCUCAUUAACAAUGUAAUUCAGUGCCAAACACAACAAUUGGAAGGAUCAUGCCACAGAGGUGGAGGUGGUCAGGUGCCAAAACGAUACCCAGAAACUUUGAAAUUGGCAUUCUAUGCUGAGAUCAACUCUAUGCUAGCAAAAUCAGGAAUCCAAGCAGAAGCUCGUGGAUUCAUGGCAGCGGGUAAGAAAUUCGCCUCAUGCAUCAUGAAAUGUGUCGAGCGCGGAUCUGGACAAUGCAUAAAGAAACUCAACUGUGGCUUGGCUCUUCCCCCCGAUAAUGUCAUUGUCCAACAAGUAAAACAAUGCGCAAUUCGUAGCGGUUUCAAUACACCCGGUAUUCGCCAACUUUGCCACUGUGCUGCCGGCUCUGGCAUUAAAGGACUCGAACCCCUCUGCGAAAGAAUCCAGAUCUCAUAAAUCUCGAACGGAUAAAUUUUUUAAUUGCUGAGAAGCAGUUUUUAAAAAUUGCAACCCCAGCAAGCUAUGUGUAUCAUUUUAUUGUAGGAUACGUGUACAUUGUACAUAUGUUCCAUGUAAAGAAUAAAGAAUGAAGCUUUCUAAUUUUGCUGUUGUGU